GUAAUCAUUAGUCAUAGAAUGUGGUAGAUGGAAAAGAGGUAGAUCAUAAUAUAAAUUUGAGAUGAAAUAAAUAUUGCUUUGUUAUUAAUUAUUUUUUGAAUAAUAAUUAUAAAAUACCUGCCUUUUUGAGGUACAGAGAAGGAUAAACCUAGGAAAGAAUUACAAUGGAUAUCGUUGAAUUGCUCGACUACAAGCCUCCACAAGGGAUUAAAAGACCAACUGAGGAAAAUUCAGAUACAUCCGUCGAAAAACAGCGUAAAAUGAGAAGGUUAGCUAGAGCAAAAGCUGACCAAAUGUCUAAACCUGCCUCGUCAACAUCUCUCGUCCAAACACUUGAUCAAAUAAGUGAGGAAGAGAGACAAGAAAUAAUAAAAUAUGUAGAACAAGAGCAAACCCAAGGAGAAGUACUUGAUGAAGCUGCAAUUAAGAGAAUCAUACUUAAUUUUGAGAAGAGAAUAUUGAAAAAUAGAGAAAUGCGAAUAAAAUUUCCAGAUGCUCCUGAAAAAUUCAUGGAAAGUGAAGUUGAACUUCAUGAAGUUCUACAAGAAAUGAGAGUCCUUGCAACUGCCCCUGAUUAUUAUCCUCUUCUGGUUAAACUCAAUGUUAUAUCUAGUUUACUAGAACUGCUAUCACAUGACAAUACAGAUAUAGCAGUCGCUACUGUAGAAUUAUUACAAGAACUUAGUGAUGUUGAUAUCCUCAAUGAAUCUGAGGAAGGAGCUGAGGCUCUCAUUGCAUCUCUCUUAGAACACCAAGUAAUUGCACUUCUAAUUCAAAACUUAGAUAGACUGGAUGAAACUGUGAAAGAAGAAGCCGAGGGAGUGCAUAAUACCUUGUCAAUCAUAGAAAAUUUAACAGAAUUGAACCCCGACAUAUGUACUGAAGCUGCUAAACAAGGUCUAUUGCAUUGGCUAUUGAAAAGAUUGAAAUUGAAAGCACCAUUUGAUGCCAACAAAUUAUAUACAAGUGAAAUAUUGGCCAUAUUAUUACAUAAUAACGAGAAAAAUUGUAUGUUGUUAGGGGAAAUAGAUGGGAUUGACACUUUACUUCAACAAUUAGCUUUUUAUAAACGUCAUGAUCCGGGAUGUGCCGAUGAACAUGAAUUAAUGGAAAAUUUAUUUGAUUGUUUGUGCAAUGCUUUGAUGGUUGUACCAAACAGGGAUAGAUUCUUGAAAGGCGAAGGUUUGCAACUUAUGAACUUGAUGCUUAGAGAGAAAAAGACUUCUAGAAAUGGAUCAUUGAAGGUGUUGGAUUUUGCAAUGUCAGGGCCUCAAGGAAAGGACAACUGUAAUAAGUUUGUUGAUAUAUUAGGACUAAGAACGAUAUUCCCAUUAUUUAUGAAGACUCCAAGUAAGAAUAGAAAAAAGGUGUUAUCCACAGAAGAACAUGAAGAGCAUGUAGCCUCAAUUAUAGCAUCCAUGCUGAAAAACUGUAGGGGCUCUCAGAGACAAAGACUUAUCAGUAAAUUCACAGAAAAUGAUCAUGAAAAAGUGGAUCGAUUACUGGAGCUACAUUUUAAAUAUCUAGAGAAAGUUGAAGCUGUAGAUGACACGCUAGAUGAAAAUGAAGACGAAAAUGAAAAUUAUUUGAAGAGGCUAAAUGCUGGACUUUUCACAUUACAGUUGAUAGAUUUCAUAAUUGUUGAAGUUUGUGCGGCAGGGCCAGCAUCAAUAAAACAGAGAGUGAUGCAGAUUUUAAACCUACGUGGUGCAUCUCUCAAAACCAUAAGGCAUGUCAUGAGGGAAUAUGCAGGAAAUUUGGGCGACGAUGGUGGUCCAGAAUCGAAAAAUAUAGAACAGCAAUAUAUAUUGAAUCUGGUUGAUAAAUUCUAAUAGUUUGUGUAGAAAGUCAAUGUAUGUAUAAUCCAGCAUACCAUAAUUAAAUUUUUUUAAUGCCCCA